ACGUCGAAAUACGCGACAACAAUCAAACUCGUCUAUCAGUAUUGACAAUAAAUAGUUGUUAUUCCAAAUUCAGUUGAAUUGUUGGGGAGGAUUUCUUAUUUUUUUCGUUGGUUGACUUGUGCUUUUAGUUUUAAGGAAUAUCGCUGACAAAAAACGAUGGGAUUAGAUGACACAUUUAGUUAUAUUCUUUUUACAAAUCCAUUAAGUGCUAACACUAUCAAUGUUGCUAAAGCAGCUGCUGGCGGCGUAUCUAGCUAUCUGGGCUUAGGUCCUAAUAAAGUUGAAGUAGUUAAAAUGGUUCCACCAGAACCACUAUGGAAGUUAGCAUUACAAACUGGACCAUUUGUCAGAAUAGCUGCCAUUAGUGGAGCUGCUGCUGUGAUUUUAGGAGCUUAUGGAUCACACAAGGCCUAUCCAGAUGACAAAGGUCAAGAACAGAGGAGGGUCUUCGAUGUAGCCUCACGAUAUCACUUUGUUCAUACAUUAGCUUUGCUUGGAUCACCAUUGUGCAGAAUGCCCUAUUUAACUAGUAGCUUUCUGAUCGCUGGAAUACUUCUCUUCUCUGGUACCUGCUACUAUUAUGCGUUCACAGGGGACAAAAGUUACAGCAGAUUAACUCCAGUAGGAGGUACUUGCUUUAUUUUGGGCUGGUUGGCCAUGCUAAUAUAAACUGAUCCGAAAUCUUGUAUAUUAUCAAAGGUAUACGUUUUUAUUCGUAAAAUUACCAAUAUUGAUGUUAAAUGUAAAAUGUUGUAUGGAAAAUGAAUUUUAUUUUGUAAAAAGU